AUGGAGGACCGCAAGAGGCCCAGUGGGCACGACGAUUCUGCCCCUCCCGCUAAGAGGCAAGCUGUGACCGUCAACGGUGCUCGCUCGCAUCCAGACGCUGACAUGCCAUGGAAAGAUGACAUCGAGGCUUAUCAGAAAGAUGCCAUCUUACGCCAGAUGCGCGAGUACAAGCGAGAAAAGGCUACUCUCGAGGCUCAGCUCAACGAGGUCGAAAGCCGCUCAAAAUAUCACGACGAGGAGCUGCGGGCAAUCGAUGCAUGGUUUGAUCAGCUCGUUGACGAGAUCAAAAUCCUGAGUGGAGAAAGGCUGUCAGGUGACAAGUCAUCACGUUCGGUGCCUCCAGCGCUUCUUUUCGAAGACAGCGAGAGCUUUAGGAAACACUUGUCGAAACGGAAAGACACCAUCCUGUCAUCACUGUCUGGUCUCUUUGCCAAGUAUCCACCCCAGAGUCCGGAUGUCGCAGAUCUUGAACAGCAAUUGUCAAAACUGCUCGCUGCGCAAAAGGAACACGUGGUGCAGUCCCAGAAGAUCAUGACUGAGAAGGAGCAGCUCUCUGAUCGACUGGACACUGCGACUCAUCGCUAUCUGGUCGCCGAGAAGAAGAUCGACAGGUUCAAGAGCCAGCAAGUGCAAAAGUUGGAGCAGUCAGCAGUAGCAACCACGGUAAAAGAGGAAGCUUCGUCAGCUGGCGUCAAGAAGGAAGCCACCAACGGCACGACUCCGGAACCCGCAGUCAGUGAGGAGCUGGAAACUGCGCGAAAUCAAGCUGUGGCAGAAUCGUCCAAACGGAAAGCGCAGUUGGAAGACGUGGAGAGAGAGAACAAAAAGUUGACCGAAGAGCUAUCAGCGCUGAAGGUCAAGCUGACUGGACUAUCUGAUGACGACUACGCCAAAACGGAGCUCUUCAAAGCACUCAAGUCACAGCACGAGGAUGUGAUAAAGAGGAUCAACAACCUAGAAGCGACAAACGUUCAACUACGAGAAGAGGCGCAAAAGUACCAGGCUGAGCGGACUGCUUACCGGAUAAAGAUUGACGACGAAUCUCGUUCAUCCUUAGCUGAGUCUGAGAGUGCAGUUUCACAAGCCGAGGCCAAUCUUGCGCGUAUCCGCAACGCCCGAGACGAACUAGUGGCCAAGAACCACAUUUUAGAGACCAGCCACAAGGACAGCGAGGCGUCGAGCUCCCAGUCAAAAGAGCUUGUAGGGGCUUGUGAGAGUCGCAUUGCGGCUCUUGAGUUCGAAUGCGAACGAUUACGAUUGCAAAUUGCAGAACACCAGCCGGAAGAAGAGCCUAUGGAGACCGAUGAUUCGACUCCAGAGCAAUUGCGCGGUAAGAUCUCCAAUUUGGAGAAUCAGCUCAAGCUUCUGAGUGGCGAGCUGCCGUCAAUGGAAGCUGCAUGGAAGAAGGCGCAAACAAUUGCAGGAAAGAAGAUUGCCGAUUUAGCUGCAUGGGAGGAGAACAUUGCAAGAGCAAACGCAGACAAGGCGAAAGCGGACCAGAAGUUUUUCGCAGCCAUGAAAGCAAAGGGAGAGAUGGAGCAGCAGAUUCGCAUCCUUCGAUUGCAAGCAGCAAAGUCGACCGAGGUUGUGUCGCAGUUGAAAGAGGCGGAUUCUCUCAGCAGAUCGUUAGUCGACAAGCUCGAGAAGCAGACAGCAGAGAUGCGAUCACAGAUGGACGAGCUCUCGGUACAACAUCGCCAGCUACAACAGAAGGUCAAUGAGAACGCGAUCACCUCCGAAGGAUACAUGAGCCAAAUCGCCGAACUCAAGAAGGUUGUAGAAGCGAAAGACGCCGCCUAUCUUACCGCGAGACACACUCAGCGCGAAGCCUGCACCGAGCGAGACGGACUCGCUGCCCAGGUCGAUGGUCUCAAGGAGCAGAUCCAAGUCUGGAAGAAAAAGAGUAAGGGCGAACAAAGCUCCGACGCCGCCCUCAUGGAGUCCAUGUUGCAAUGCCAGAUAUGCAAGAGCAGGGUCAAGAAUACCUGCAUCAAGACCUGUGGCCACCUGUUCUGCCACGACUGCGUCCAGGACCGCCUCACCAACCGCGCGCGUAAGUGCCCUAACUGCGGCAAAGCCUUCGGCAGCAACGACACCAUGCGCGUCCAUCUUUAG